GCUUCCCUUUCCGGCCGUGCCGCGGCUCCCGGGAACAUGGCAGCGGCGGAGGGCGCGCGGGCGCGGGGCCUCCUCUGGGCGGCAGUGGUGGCACAUGUGGUGGCGUCAGGCGCGGGUUUUGUGAAGGAUCUGGAUGAGUCGUUUAAAGAAAACCGUAAAGAUGAUAUUUGGCUCGUAGAUUUUUAUGCACCUUGGUGUGGCCACUGCAAGAAACUAGAGCCUGUGUGGAAUGAAGUGGGCAUAGAAAUGAGAAACAUGGGCUCUCCAGUAAAAGUUGGGAAGAUGGAUGCAACUUCCUUUUCUAGUAUUGCAUCUGAAUUUGGUGUACGAGGCUAUCCAACAAUUAAGCUCUUAAAAGGUGACUUGGCAUACAACUAUAGAGGACCUAGAACCAAAGAUGAUAUAGUUGAAUUUGCUAAUAGAGUGGCAGGACCUCUUAUCAGGCCACUUCCUAGCCAGCAUAUGUUUGAGCAUGUGCAAAAGAGACAUCGUGUACUUUUUGUGUAUGUUGGUGGUGAAUCUCCUUUAAAGGAAAAAUACAUUGAAGUUGCUUCAGAACUAAUAGUUUAUACGUACUUUUUUUCUGCCUCAGAAGAUGUAGUGCCUGAGUAUGUGACAUUACCUGAAUUACCUGCUGUUAUGGUCUUCAAAGAUGGAACUUACUUUGUUUAUGAUGAGUAUGAAGAUGGUGAUUUGUCAUCCUGGAUAAAUAGAGAAAGGUUUCAAGGCUACCUUAAUGUUGAUGGCUUUACGCUGUAUGAACUUGGAGAUACAGGAAAACUUGUGGCUAUUGCAGUCAUUGAUGAUAAAAACUCUUCAGUGGAACAUACCAGACUAAAGUCCAUUAUUCAGGAAGUCGCUAGAGAUUAUCGGGAUCACUUUCACAGGGAUUUCCAGUUUGGCCAUAUGGAUGGAAAUGAUUACAUUAAUAGUUUACUAAUGGAUGACUUGACAAUCCCUACUAUUGUUGUAUUGAAUACCUCCAAUCAGCAGUAUUUUCUACCAGAUAGGCACAUUGAGAGCACAGAAGACAUGGUUCAGUUUAUUAACAAUAUCUUGGAUGGUACAGCUGAAGCACAGGGUGGUGAUGGACUUCUGCAACGAAUCAAGAGAAUAAUCUAUGAUACCAAGUCUACUAUAAUGUCUGUGUUCAAGAGUUCACCACUGCUGGGAUGCUUUCUCUUUGGGCUACCCCUGGGGGUCAUCAGCAUUAUGUGUUAUGGAAUCUGCACAGCUGAUACAGAUGGAGAGGUAUUUGAGCAUGAGGGAGCUAAAAAGGAAAGUGGCGAUCGGGAGCUCACAGACGAAGGCAGUGAGGAGGAACAAGAGGAGGAAAAGAAUGGAAAGUACACAGAACUUUCAGAUGGAGAGCUUAAACAGAAAGACAUAAUGGAAAAGAAAAAAGACUAACUUGUUUAGCAGAAGAAUUCUCUAGAAUUUCCAAAUAGAUUUAUUUAUUGAAGGUUUUCAUUUAUUGAUGAUCUUCAUGAAAGAGGACCGUUUUGUCUGCAUUAUGGUAGUUUUGACUUGCAUGUAUUCAAAUUUUCUCAGAAAUUGACAGAAAAAAAAAUGGAUGUUCUCUUAAUUGUCCUUAUUAGAUUAACAAAGAGCAGCUUAAACUGAAGAAAUCUGCAGGUACAAUUCUAUACCAUUUUUGGAAGAGUUUUGAAUUGUUCAUUUCCAGAACAGUGAGAUCGUGGUACUGGGCCUUACUGUAUGGGAUGAACUGCUGCUAGUAUAGCCCAGCUAAGCACUCAUUCACAUAAAAUUAGGGCUGAAAACUAAGAAAAAUGAAGAGAGCUGUGAAGUCUUUCAGAGCCUGAUAGCUAAAGACAAGUUAUGAUUUUUCUAAGAAGUCACAUCUUCUACUUGUU